CACGCGCGUGCCGCUUCCGGAAGAGCCCGGUAGCAGCCGCUGCGACUCUUGCCUGUGCUGCGGCUUCAGACCCCGGGUUUUGGCCUCUUUCUGACCCGGCUCCCGCUCCACUUCACUUUUGGUUUCGGGUGGAGCCCAUGUAGUGAUCUCCAUGGCAGCAGACUCCGGGGCGUUCACUAAUGAGGACUCUGAAUCUGGAGAGGAAGAAGGUAAACAUGUCAAACCUUUUACACCAGAGAAAGCGAAAGAAAUUAUAAUGUCUUUACAACAACCUGCAAUCUUCUGUAACAUGGUUUUUGAUUGGCCAGCCCAACACUGGACUGCAAAACAUCUUUCUGAGGUCCUUCAGGGCAAGCAGAUACGAUUCAGGAUGGGAACGAAACGCACAGAUACAGCUCCUCAGUUUGAAACCACGUGUAGUUACGUAGAAGCUACACUUGAAGAGUUUCUGACCUGGAACUGUGACCGAUCUAGUAUUUCUGGACCAUUUAGAGACUAUGAUCAUUCCAAAUUCUGGGCUUAUGCUGACUAUAAAUAUUUUGUCAGUUUAUUUGAAGACAAGACAGAUAUUUUCCAGGAUGUGAUGUGGUCUGACUUUGGGUUUCCUGGAAGAAAUGGACAGGAAAGUACAUUGUGGAUCGGCUCCAUGGGGGCCCAUACACCCUGUCAUCUGGACACCUAUGGUUGCAACCUAGUAUUCCAGGUACAAGGAAGGAAAAGAUGGCAUCUCUUUCCUCCUGAAGAUACUCCUUUCCUUUAUCCAACUAGAAUCCCUUAUGAGGAAUCUAGCGUGUUCAGUAAAAUCAAUGUUGUCAAUCCUGAUUUAAAACGUUUUCCUCAAUUUUGGAAGGCUCGAAGACAUAUGGUUACCCUGAGCCCCGGACAGGUUCUGUUUGUCCCCAGACACUGGUGGCAUUAUGUGGAAUCCAUUGAUCCUGUCACUGUCAGUAUAAACUCAUGGAUUGAGCUGGAAGAGGACCACCAAGCCCGGGUAGAAGAGGCAAUCACCCGCAUGCUUGUGUGUGCCCUGAAAACUGCAGAGAAUCCACAUGAUACGAGAGCUUGGUUAAACCCAACUGAGGUUGAGGAAACAUCCCAUGAAGUCAAUUGUCGCUACUUAAAUGGAGCCGUUUCUGCUUUUUUUGAUCAUUAUGGAACAUCUAAGGUAGUAGAAACCCAAGCGCUGAGCACAGACGGAGAGGACGUGAUAAAGGAAGAAUUAAAUGUGCACAACCACGUGGAGGUAGCACAAACUAGUAGCCACAGCUUAACCUUGGGAACAGUAAAACAGGAGGCAGCAAGUCCCUUUGGUCCUGAUCUGGUUCCUGUGAUACCGGGUUCCCAAGAACCACCCUCAGAAAGAGGAGGCAUGUUUGAAAGUGAUGGUGAAGACUUUGUUGGCAAAAAUGGAAAACGCUUUGGAAAAUUGCAUUAUACCAAGAGACAACGAAUGAUGAGUGAAAGUGAGAAUGCAGUUGUGGAACAAAUUGCUUCAAAUAGUACUGUGGCCCCUUCCCAAACAUUCAUUUCUACAGAUGACGUGCUGGAUUGCUUGGUGAAUCCACAGGUAACCAGGAUAGUGGCACAACUUUUGAUUCAAGGAAGAAGUUUGCGACUCUAAUAGAAAAUAACUUUUUCAGUAAUACUUUAAGACUAUUUUUAAAAUAAUAUAGUUUUAAAAUAAAAGAUGAAAUGGCAAAAGGGCAAUUUGCAUAUGCUUAUAAAUGUCCUGUUCUCACCUAAUUAACAUUUUAGUCUCUUGCCACCUUCUUGCAUACACGUUGCUCUUUGGACAACCUGGCUCUUUGUUAUUGGUAGGCCUCUUUCUUCAGUGCCUUUGCCUUUCCUUUCCUAUCUCAUCAGCCUGUCUCAAAUGUAAGCCCCUAGUGUUCUCACCAAGAAAUAGGGUUCCAUCAGCAGGGGUUACCUGCUGCUUGUUUUUGUAAAUAAGGUUGUAUUGGAACACAGCCAUGCCAUUCAUUUACAUAUUGUCUGUGGUGGCUUUAGGGUUACGGUGGCAGAGUUGAGUGGUGACAGAGGCAGUAUGGCUCGAAAAGCUGAAAAUAUUUUAAAAGUUUGCUAACUCCUGAUCUAAUGCAUCCAUUGGGUGAAUUCUAGCUUUUGGGGAGGUAGGGGUGCAGUUGUUAAUUUCAGUAGAUAUCAUGGAUUCUUUGUCAUAAGAUGGUGUGGGAAGAUUUAUGAUUGUUUUAAGUUCUUGAUCUCUUAAUUCAAAUGCAGGUUGAAGUCUAGCCUUGAUCUGAAGUGAUCACAUUUCUCAAAUCCGUAGAAUUCUCACUGGUUAACCCCUGUAAUCCAGAGCAGAAUACCAAUCAGGAGAAAAGUAGGUGGGGGCCCAAUAAGAGGCCUCCUUGUGUAAGGAACUGGGACAUCUAGGAACACCAGCCCUGGAAUAAAAAGGACCAAAUGCUACUGACUCCUGAAACUAACUAAAAGCUUGGCUUAGUGAACUUGAUCCCACUCUCAUUACAUUUGCAAUAUGUGGGGUAAUUAUUAUCAUUACCGUCUAAGUAAGAAUUUAAAAAUUAUAAAAACAUAUUGAACUCAGUAACCAUUCAAAACAGAAAAGAUACACAAAGUCACCUUUUAAGAAGAAUUGACUACUGGCCCCAUCCUUCUCAGGUCAAAUUGAUGGUAUCAGUAAAUCCCAAGAGAGUACGUACUUUCUGGGAAAAAGGAGGAAGGGAAAUGAACAUGCCCAGGAAAAGAAGCGUCUGAAAAAAGACCCUUCUGUAGCACUUACCACCAUCUGACUACUAUAUAUUUGCCUAUUUAUUUGAUUACUAUCUCCCCCAAUGAGAAUGUCACUGCAUGAAGGUUUGGACUUUGUUUUGAUUAUUGUAUAUUUGCAGAGUCUUGAUCAGUGCCCAGCACAUGGUAGGUGCUGCUUAAAUAUUUGAGUGGAUUUUUUAAAAAGGAGACCUUGUUGGCCGAUACUCCUUCAGAAACACUGGGGCAGAGGAUGUUGUGGCUAAAGGUGAGAUGUCUGUUACCUGUAGUAGGUAUAUCCCUAUCGCAGAAAUAGACAUUUGUCUUCAGCUAUAUAUUUUUUUUACACCUGCCCUCACUGAGAGCUCCCCCAUACCCUCCUUCACACAGAAUUCCCUCCCCCGCUCCCUCCCCCAGGGUUCCCUCACCCGCUCCCUCCCAGAUAUUUUAUUAUAUUUGCUACUACUUGGACCAGUGUUUUUCAAGUUGUAGAUUGUGACCCAUUAACAAGUCAUAAAAUCAAUUUAGUGGGUGAGACCAGCAUUUUUUUUUUAAUGGAGCAGGAUACGUAAUUUCAGUUAAUUCAAUAGUAAAUAUAUUAUUUUGUGAAACUGUCCAGGAAAAAUUUCUUUCAGAGUAAAUAUACUUCAUAAAUCUUUUCAGUUAUAUCUGUGUGUGUACUGGGCCUGAUAUAAAAUGUAUUUCUUAGUGUCAGAAAGGUUUGAAAGCUGUUCUGAGGGCAAAGUAUUGAUUUCAGUUAGAGGUAAUAGUUUCUGGCAUGCAGAGACCUGGGUAGAGAGUUAAGACAUUGAUAUGAAUGCAUUCGAAAUGUAAAUGGGUGUUGGGAGAUAAUUUCCUAAUUUUGUAGAGAUAGAGAUUAUGACACGGCAAGAGAUCCUGGCUAUCUGCAACUGGGGAGUGUGGGAAGGAGAAAAGACAGUCAAAGGGAGAGAUGGUCAGCCACCAAGUAGGGUCCCAUUUCAUCCUGCAUUUCUCAGAAGAGCCUGCCCGAAUGAGUGAACUCAAUUAUUAAAUAAAUAUUAAUACUUUGACCCUCCAGGGGUUAGAGGGAUUGAAGUGUUACACCUAAAGUUACAGUAUCCACGUAUAAGCAGGGUGAUCUAUCCGGAAGGCAAAGUAGCUAGGGCCCCUGAGCUUUUAGGGUCUACAGAAAUGUUUUAGUUUCUUUAAAAAUAAAAAAAAGAAUAUUACCUAGUUUCGAUUACCUUCAUGUUUAUACCAGUGCAGUAGCGAAGUAUCAUGUUUAAUACUUUUCAUGGAGUAAGGGGCCUACAAAGGCAAAAUUGCCUGGGGCCCAUGAAAGUCCUAAGCAGCUCUGGGUAUCAGGGAUAUCAGAAUCAUUUGAGGGGCUUGCUGAAGAUGCAGAUGUCUGGGUACCACUCUAGAGCUAUAGAAUUUGCCUCCUUUGGGAUGGGCCAGAUUUUGCAGUCUCAGCAAGCACCUGAAGUGCUUCAAAUAGCAAAGAAGUUUAAGAAUCUCUGGCCCUGGAGUAGACCACCAAGACCUAACACAGGCUCAAAGUGGGCGUGUUUUAGCAGGGGCUACUUCUUGGGGUCAAUCCGCCCUUCAGAUUUACUGAACUAAAGCUGUACUGUGCCCUUCCUGUAAUUUUCAGCUGAAUGCUAUUGAUACUGUGAGGAUACCUUGAUGCUGUCAUGUUUAGUUGUGGUCUUUUAUCAGCAGUGGCCUGUGUUUAUCAUCACGCUCUCCUGUAUUUGCCCUAAAGGAUAAAGAUGUUUAACCACCAAAUAACAUUCUCCAAGCAUUUUAUUCAAAAAGGAGGAAAUACUUAUUUUAAAAAAUUUUUAUUGAAGUAUAGUUGAUGUAUAUUAUAUGUUGCAUGUGUACAGUACAGUGAUUCACAAUUUUUAAAGGUUGUACUCCAUUUACAGUUAUUAUAAAAUAUUGGCCAUGUUCCCUGUGUUGUAUGACAUAUUUCUUUAGACUGAGGGUAACUAUAACAUUACAGACUGAAUCAUCAUACUUGGUGCAAUACACCCUGAUAUUCAUCCUUGCCUAAGUUAACCAAACCACUGGAGAACAAGAACAAAUUAGAGAGCACGUCUCUCCUUUUUUAUUUCUUACAUUCAUUGUCAAGCCCAAGUUCAGAUGCCAGUGGCUGGGAAGCUACUCCUAAGCAAUAAGAAGUCUUUGCCAAUCCACUUAAAAAACAGCAACAGGAAGAAAAAUUUCAAGACAUCUGUGUUUAAUGAAGCAGCAACUAUGGC